AUGAAUUCGUUGUAUGAGCUGGAUCCUAAGUGGAGGAAUUUGCUUUCGGUGAAUAAUUUUUUAGGAGGUCUAACUGUUAAUGAAUUUGUAGAGGAAUUGAGUAAAGACCAGACGUUGAAGGGAGCUGAAGAGUCCUCGUUGAGUUCUCAUUCUGAGGAUAUCUGGAAGAAAUUGGAUCCCAAGCCUUAUAUCAGAACUUUUGAGUCUACUUUAAAAGAGCUAAAUUCUCUAAAAAACGAUUCUUUAGGGAAAGAAAGUGUUUUGUAUAGUGAAGUCAAUAUACAAGAAUUGAAUCAUUCUAAAAAUACUAUACAUUUAUUUAAUAAACUAAAAUCUACCAUUAGUAAAUACGAUGAUUUGGAUAAUAAAUUAUCAAAUGUUAUACAAGUAUUAUCUCCCCUUGGUGAGAAAGUAGAGAAUAGUAUUAAACAAAAGAAAAAUUAUAUCAAAUCUAUUGAGUUGAUUGCACAAUAUAAUGAAUUCGACACUAAAGGCAAAUCUGAUCAUUUGAACGAAUUGUUGAAUUCUAGAAAUUGGCAAUUACAUUUGCAAGCUGUAAUAAUUGUUAAGAAUUUGUUAAUUUUAUCUCGUAAAGUGGAAACUAGUUCAAUUCCAAAAACUAGUGAAACAACUAAAUUAAUCGAAAAAUAUUCAGAAUCAAUGGAGAAUAAUUUAUUAGAAGAUUUCAAUAAUGCAUAUCGUGAAAAUAAUUUUGAACAAUUAAAUGAAAUUGCUUUGGUUUUAGAACAUUUCAAUGGUGGUGUCAAUGUUAUUCAAAGUUUUAUAAAUCAACACUCUUUCUUCAUCGAUACAAGUCAAAUUGAAGACGAUGAUUCUAAUCAAGUCAAUUUGGAGGAAUCUUUUAAAAGAAGAUUACUAGAUCCUGAUUUUCAUGGUGUCAAUUUCGAGAAAAGUCUAGUAUCUCUAUUAGAAAAUAUUGAAACAGUUAUUAAAAAUGAAUCUAAGAUUGUUAAAAGGGUCUUCGAUGAAAGUGCGCCACAUGUGAUUCAGUUAUUCAUUCAAAGAAUCUUUGUUCAGAAAAUUGAUUCUAAAAUUGAUUUGUUACUUAAUACUUCAUUCUCUUUAUCAGAUCUGGCAUUUGUCAGAAUGUUACAUGCCUUAUAUACACUUGUGGGACAAUUUGUUAAAGAUCUGGUGGAAUUCUUUAAGCUAUUGGAAAUAGAUCAAAAUAAUGUUAUUUCUGCCACAAUAGAACAAUGUUACUCGGAUCUAUUUUCAAAAUAUUUGUAUGAUAGAUCGAAAUAUUUUGAUAUUGAAAGAAGAAGUUUGGAAUCGAUAUUAAUUGAAAAAACAUCAACUUUUAACAUAUCUCAUGAAAAGGAAACUCGCGACAGAUCAUUAAACAAUAAGUUUAAUAACAAACUGGAAACCGGCGUAGUUGAUAACAAUGAAUUUGGAAGCAUUUCUAAAAGUAAACUAUCACAAAUUAAUAAUUUCUUCAAGACUCAUUUGGAUAAAGAACGUUUACCUUUAACUCUUGCGAAUGCCACCCGUGAAGUCCACAAUAUGGGCGCUACAGAAGGUGAACUAACUCAACAAGAGGUUAUAGUAGAUGAGAAGGAAUUCAAUAUUGCUAGUGCAGAUUUGAUGUUAAAAUGUGCAGUAGAAUCUGUUGCUAGGGUAAUGGAAUUAACACCAAGCAACUCCAGUUCCUAUAGUUAUGAGUUAUUAGAAUUGCUACAUGCUGGUAUCAUAAGUUCAUACGUGGAAACAUCCCUUGAAAUUUCCUAUUACAACAUUUUAAAAGUUGAUGUUUCUAAAGUUUUGGAUAUAAAUGUUUCAUUCUUGAAAUAUUUGACUAUUAGUACUGACAUAUUAAGCUUGCUGUCAGCAACCAUUAAAGCAGUUUUUCUACCGUUAUUAACAAAUUCUCCAGAUAUAAAGAAGAAAAUAAUUGAAGUUACAAAUAAUCAAAUUACAAGAUGUGAACUUUUAAUAAAUACUGUUGUUGACGAAUUGACACAUUUGUAUUCUUCUAAAUUCUCAGAAUGUUUAUCUAAACAAAAAAAGAAAGAUUUUGUACCUAAAUCACAAGAUCUAUUGGAUCAAGAUACAUUACCAGCAAUUGAAAUUGCAAAUAUAUUAGCAUCACUUCAUUCGCAAGUUUCAAUUUAUUUCAGAUCAAACAAUUUAACGAAUUUUUUAACAACAAUUGGUGAUAUAUUAUACAACAAACUGCUAACACAUUACGGUAAAUUCCAAGUCAGCUCCACUGGUGGUAUUAUAGUAACAAAAGACAUCAUUGGAUAUCAAAACGUAGUUGAAGAAUGGGAGAUUCCUGAAUUACUUGAGAAAUUUGCUACUCUACGUGAAUUAGCUAAUCUAUUUACAGUCCAACCUGAACUGUUAGAUUCAUUAACAAAAGAAGGUCAUCUAAUAGAUGUUCACAGAAAUGUAAUAUCAUCAUAUAUUUCAAACAGAGAAGAUUUCAACCAUGAAAAAUUCAUCUCUGGUGUUAAAUUGAAUUUUAAGCAUUAUGCAUGA